AUGAAUCAAACGAAGGAUGGUAACGACCUUGAUCUUAAAGCUAGCAUAAAAAAGCUUGAUAACUUAUUAGAAAUGGUUGAAGAGCUUCGUGCGUCAUUUAUGAGUGUAUGUGAUUAUCUCGGAGAUUUAUUGAAUUCAGGCCAGUUUCAAGAUAAUGCAGAAACAUUGGAACGCGAAAAACGUGGAGAAAAGCCUCUUACUCCAUCGUUUGAUGUAGACAGAUUUGGCAGAAUGAAUGAUUCGUGUUUGAAUACAAUGGAUAAGUUUCUUCAAUUAAUGUCUUCAUGUGGAGAUGAAUUGGAAUAUGCACGGAAAAUUUCGGCCACUUGGGCAGAUAAUUCAUCGAUUCCAGUAAAAAAGUACAAACAUUUAAUAAGAUUUUUGGCAAUGAAUAUUGACGGGAAAUCUGGCGAAACAAUAAAUUAUCAAGAAAAUAUACAGAAAAAUUGUCAACAAGCAGCAAAUAUAUACACUAAAGAGAGUGACGUAUAUUUUAAACGACAUAAAAAAGAUGGCAUUUUCGGGACUACUGAAAUAUACGAUGCUAGCAAACUCAAUAGUGCAAUUGAUGGUUGGUUAGCUGAAGCAAAGCAAAAACCUUACCACGUUGGUAUUGAAAAAGUUGAAUGUGACUUAUCAGGAAGACCAUCUGGUUUAAUGGUUUCAGUAAAUAAUUUAUUAAAAGCUGGGAUAAUACUAAAAUAUAAUGAUAUUAAUGGAUCAUCAGUGUCAUUUGUUCGAUUGAUUAUAAUUGGAUAUCACGAAAAGAAAUCAAUCCGAGAAUUUUCAGAUAUUCUUGUAUUCCAGCGUAUAACGCAAAUUGGACUUGAAUUAUUUAAUAAUUUGGAUCAAAGUGAUCCUAUGCCGAAAUUGCUUGAUUGGAUAUCAAGUUUUCACGAUCUAUAUACAUCUCCAUGGUUUUUAUUGAUGGAAAAUUUUUACCCUUUCAUUAUCAUUGCUAUCGACAAUAGUAAAUGCUUAAAUGUUGAUGAAAAUUUACAUAUAAGACUUUCAGGUGAUAAAAUAAUCAAGACAAUAAAUGCAAGAAUUAAUUACAAUAUUUAUAAUGUAUUGGCAAGAACGUUUUCUUAA